ACAGACAGCUGGCACCUGCCAUGUGGGUGCUGGGAAUUGAACCUUGGUCCUCUGGAAGAGCAGUCAAAGCUCUUAACUGCUGAGCCAUCUCUCCAACUCCAAGUUUAAUAAUUUGUGUAAAAUUUCAUAGAAGUCUUUCACACCUCAGUUAAAUUUAUUCCAUGAUUUUUAUUUAUUUGUUGUUGCUGAGUUUCGGGUUUGGUUUUUCUUUUGUUCCUUUUUUUUUUUUUUUUUUGAGAUUAUCAUGAAUGCAUUUCUUUCCGUGACUUUAUUUUUCUUAUUCAUGUAUAGGAAUGCUGACUGCUUUUUCUAUCACAUGCUUGAGAUCUUUUCUAAAUCCCAAAGCUACUUGUACAUAUUUAGAGUUUUUGCUACAGCAGCAUCUACUUCCUAAUAAUAAAAAUCUAUGUUCAUUUUCUGGGUGUGCCAGAACAAAGAACCACAAACCAUGUGGUUUCAAACAACAGAAUCUUACUAUCCGUUUUCCCAGGCUGGGAUUUGUAAUCUAGGUGUUAGUGGGUUAUAUCCUCAUCUAGGCUCAACUGAGGUCUUCUAGUGCAACCAGGUUGGUGGUAGACUUCAGAUUCUGUCGCAGUAAGCCAGGCUGCCACUUUUCUGGCUACCAGACUGUUGUCAGUCCCUCAUUCUCUUCUCAACACAACCUCUGUCUCCACACUCACAACCACAUAGACCCUCCAGCUGUACCUCCUGAGCUUGUGUUCUCCAGUGGGGAUGCCAGGCCCAAAGGAACACACUCCAUCUCUGAAUCAGCUCAUUCCAGGUGUUGAUUACGUCUGCAGAGGCUUACCAGUACCUCAUUAAUGCUUGCUCAGACAACUGAGAAAACUGUGUGUACAGUAGCCUUGAAAUAGUAUGGCAUCUAAGAACCUGCCUUUCUCUUUCCUUCAUCCACAAAGCCGUUGUCUGGCCCUUACUUCUGAUCCAGUGAGAUCUGGAAAUUAUCCUGGUUAGUAUUUAUUGUCAACAUGAGAUAACCUAGAGUCACCUGGGAAGAGGGAACCUCACUUGAAGAAUUGCCUUGGCCAGACUGGUGUGUGGCCUUGUCUGUAAGGGGUUAUCUUUGACUAUGAUUGCUGUGGGAAGGCCCAACCAGCUGUGGGCAUUACCAUACCUAUCAAGGGGGUCUUGGGCUGUAUAAGAAAUCUCUGAGAGCCAGCCAGAGAGCAAGCCAGCAAGCAGUGCUCCUCCAUGGCUUCUGAUUCGAGCUCCCUCAGUGUUGGGUUGUGAGCUGGAAAUGCAAGUCAGAUAAGCCUUUUCUUCCCAGGUUGAUUUUGAUCUGAGUGUUUCAUCACAGCUAUAGACAGGAAACUAGGACAGAAAUUCGACAGUCCCUCCUCUUGUCCCACCUCUGCCCUUCCCUCCCUCCACGCUGGCAGGCUUUCUGCGAAUCACACAUUCUCAGAGCCUCCCAGGCCUGCAGGGCACGCCCUGCCUCUUCUUCAUUGCUGCGCUCUGAGCUUUUAUUUCCCUGUUUAUAAUAUGCAGCUACCCCUAUUUCCUAUGUACGAUGAUGAGUGCCACGUCCCAGCCAGCCUGUGGCCAGCCAGUUCUGCCGGGCAAGAUCUUGGGUGGAAUGGCGGCACCGGAUCAGAAAUGGCCGUGGCAGGUCAGCCUGCAUUUCUCUGGCCUUCAUGUAUGUGGUGGCUCCAUCCUCAGCGCCUACUGGGUGCUGACAGCAGCACACUGCUUUGAUAGUGGGAAGAAGAUUGAAACCUUUGACGUAUACGUGGGCCUCACCGACCUCAGCGUGGCCACCAGAUACACCCAGUGGCUGGAGGUUAACAAGCUGAUCAUUCACCCCACCUACAUGUGGUUUCAUCCUGUUGGAGGGGACGUGGCGCUGUUGCAGCUGAAGAGCCCCAUCGUAUUUUCUGACUCCGUGCUCCCUGUCUGCUUGCCACCUCCCAACCUGAGCCUCCACGGUUUGUCUUGCUGGGCUACUGGAUGGGGACAUGUCUCACAGCAAGGCGACUCCUUGAAACAGCUACAGGAAGUCCAGUUGCCACUAAUCCCCAUGCUCCAGUGCCAGCUGCUCUAUGGAUUUACAACUUACUUCCUGCCAGAAAUGUUGUGUGCUGGGGACAUCAAGAAUGAGAGGAAUGUGUGUGAGGGUGACUCCGGCGGCCCACUGGUUUGUAAGGUGAAUCAGACCUGGGUGCAGAUUGGAAUAGUGAGCUGGGGCCGAGGGUGCGCCCAUCCUCUGUACCCAGGGGUGUAUGCCAAUGUCUCCUAUUUUUUGAAUUGGAUCCAUUAUUAUUUGAAAACCACACCCAUUCCUCCUCUGCCGACCCCCUCCCUCUGUUCAUCCCUGACAGCCAACCCUAGCAUUUUUGUGACCAUGCUGGCUAGUCUGUUGGUGUGGUGAGGACCGAGACACCCACCCACCCUCCCCACCCCGGGUAGGCUGCCUCAUGCCCUGUUUCUACCCUCUGUAGCUCUCCAGCCCUGUCCCCCCAUCUCCGUGUGCCAUGAAGGCAAGACACUUUUCCCAGACUCUUAAGUCUGUAAAAAGUUGAGCAAAAGAAGUGGAGAGGAUCAGAAAUGAACCAGGAGGGAGAGUUGGGGGACAGCUGGGGGGAGCCAAGAGCUUGGGCUUUACACAGUCAAACUUAUUAAACAUUCCGUGAAGCAA